UAAAUUAAUAAAACUUAUUCCAUAAUGUUGAAGAAAUUGCAAUAGUAAGCUAAGGAAGCUUAUAAUCAAAAAUUUGGAAAAGAAAAAUAUUAAGAAAUGGAAGAAGAAAAGAACAAUAAACAACCAGAUUCAUCAUUCUCACAAUUCAACGCAACUCUUCAAUUUAAUUAAGUUGAUAACAAUUUAUGUAAUAAGUACAAUAAUUAAAGCAAUUAAUAAUAAUCAAGAAUAGAUUAUUGGAAUGACAGAUAGAACUUAGAUUGAUUUUACUAAAGCCCUAAUACCAGAAGAACUCCAAUAAUAAAUGCAAGAAUAAGAAAUUAAAGAGAUAGCCAUUUAAAAUAAUAACAAGGAGUAUAAGAAACCAAAAAAAAAUGAUGAUAUGCCAGAAUUUUUAACUAAAAAAAUUUGUUUAAAUGAAAAUGGAGAAAACUACUAUGAAAUAGCUGCCAAAAAAGCUAAGGAAUAAAAUAGUACAUUAUUCUAAUUAAAACAUUUUGUGUCCACAAAGGCUAUUAGUGUUCAAUAAUAAGUCAAAGUAAAUAUAGUAUUAUAUACAAAAAGAAAUCUUUAAAAAAAUUAGAUGCUCAUGUCAAAAAGAAAAUUUUAGAGAAAAAAUAGCAUAUAAAUCUUUGGAUAGCUGGAUAACUAGAUACUAAAAUUGUAUCUUUAAUGAGUAAUAUGGAACCAAAAAUUUCAGAGAGCGUAAAGAAAUCUGUACCUUUUGAUUUUAUGUAAGAUUUUAUGCAUGAUACAGCCAUAAAUUUAUGGAAAGACUUCACAGAUUUAGUUAGAUUAGAAAUAAGAGCAAAACUUGAUACUAAAAAAGUAGAAAUAAAAAAAAGAGACGUUAAAGGUUUAUUAAGUUAAUUUAAAAAUUUUAUUUUGUAUUCUCUUUAUCCUGCGGAUCUUACAACUAAAGAUCAUAUGAGUAGAAUUUCAUACAAAAUAAUAAAAUUAUUACAAUUUACACCAUAUAUGGGUUUAUAGCCGCUAAUAUUUUCUAUUAUUUUACUUUGCAUUCAUAAGGUAAACUUUAAUUUUAUUAGUUUAGGAAGAAUAUUAAUUAGUAAAUUACAUAGCAGAUUAUAAAUCAAUAUAAUUCUUAACUAAUGGAUUAUUUCCUUGUCUAAUUGCAUAUUUUUAUUAAUUUUUUUAUGACUAAGGACCAGGUAAGCAUCAUUCAUUAUUUGUGCUUACUAUUACAUUUUUAGCUUAGUUUAUCAAUAUUUGGAUAGCAUUUUACUUACUGAAACAAUCACAUUCUAAAGGAGAAGCUUUAAAAGCAGAACUAACAAUUACUUAAGAAGAGAAAGGUGGUAGAUUAAGAUAUUUCUUAAUUUAUGAUUUGAUCUGCUUGAUAAUAGUUGUUGGUGUAUCAAGUAUUUCUUUUUAUAAUUUUAUUUUUAGUUAUUAUAUAUAUAGAACAUACUAUAAAUGACCCAAAAUAAUCAUUUGGAGAUUUAUUAUUUUUUACAAGAACUAUAUAUGCAUUUUUAAGUUUUCCUUUCAUUAUCUUUAUUUUUCCAUUUUUUGUAAAAUUAUUAACAAAUGCAAUUUCUACUGGAUAUGAUAAAUAUGGUAAUUGUAUUUAAGCAUUAAAUUCAAUUUAAAUGAGUUAUCAAUAAGCAGCUUUAACUAGAAAAGAAGAUGUAGAUAUUGAAGAAAUUAUUGAUUAAGAUGAUCAAUAAAUUGAUGAUAAUGUAGAUAAAUCUAAGAAACAAAAUUAAAGGCUAAAUAAAACUGUUGGAUGA